GAACUACACAGACUGUACGACAUUAAAGUGGCCUUGAGAAAUAUGUCAAAUUUAGAACUAUCAGAAGAAGAAAAGUAACUUUCGAAAUAGUUUUUUCACCCGACGUCGUUGAUGACAUUCCAUCCCAGGACAAGCGGGACAUGGAAGUGAUUCGCCAGAUGAGACUUGACCCCACCAAUACAUACAAUUGAGAGGUGACGAUAACUUCUGGAUGAAUACGACCAAGCGGCCACAACUGCAAGAUGCGAAGAUGUCUACCAGCACAUCUUUCAAACGCAUUGUCACGAAUUACCACUGUGAUGAGACUAAUCAUCCUCACUUUAGUACUGACGGAAUCAGGCCGGCAAUUUGUCGAAGGAUCUUGUGUUUUCGAUCAGAUAUAUCACAAUGAGCCGCCACAAACGUUUGUAACCUAUGGAGAUGACAUGACACAGAAUGACGGUCCAUAUGGACCAGUCACGGACAUCAGGACAGUAUUAGAUCGAAGAAAACGAUCGCCGCCAAACUCUUCAUACCAAAGUUUACGGAUAUCAGUCGAGUAUGCAUCAGAUCUGAACAAGGAAUUACCAAACAAGAAACACAUCAGUCGAUUGAAAACAGUCGUGGAUAAAGCUGUAAAGAAAAUCAAUCAACUUUUAUCAGUGAUUCCUGUGACUAAAAAUCUCACUUUAGCGAGAUCUGCUGGUGCCUGCCAUUCUGUAUUGGGGACUGGGAUUAACAAGGGAAAAUGUUCUCAAGUGAAGCCAAUCUACUUAACCCAGGGUGAGAUUUGCAUUGAUAAUUUCCGCAUUCCAGAAGAACACCUAGAAGGACUUUACCUCUGGAACUUAACCCACCACGGACCCGUCCAUAUUGCCCGCCAACCAGGAACUGGUCUUUCAAAUACCGAUUAUGUGCUUUAUGUCCAGUCCAAGAUGUUCGCCCAAUGUUUAUCUUCUACCUCUAGUGUUAUUGCUUACGCCACCUAUUGUCAACUCGAUCAGAACAACCGUCCAAUUGCUGGCUACACUAACUUUUGUCCAAAACAUCUGAAGAAUGAUACAGAUUUUGAUGAGGAGCGAUUUGUGCAGGUCGCUAUCCAUGAGAUGUUUCAUGCUCUUGGCUUCUCUAAGAAACUAUUCGACAAGUUCAAGGAUUGUUCCAAGUCUUCUACGGGCGCUGGUUGCACUUCAUAUCCAAAUACAGUAGCAAGUGUGCUUGGCUUCCAACGAAUCGUCACACCUACUGUCGUGGAGAGAGCGUCCAGUCAUUUCAACUGUACGACAAGCCUGAUAAACAAUCAGUACGGAGUCCCGCUCCAGUUAGAUUCUGCUGGAUCAUAUACAUCUCACUGGGAUGCCCGCUUCAUGAGAGGGUCAAUAAUGGUGCCUAAUCUGGGGUUAGCCCACUUGACUGUGAUUGACGCCAUGACACUGGCUGUCUUCGAGGACAGCGGCUGGUAUAAGGUCAACUACAAUAAUUCAGGGCGUCUCCUUUGGGGAAAAAAUGGCGGAUGUCAGUUCGGCACUGCAGCAUCUUGUUCAAACGAUGGAGAUUAUUUCUGUACAGGAAGUGAGAAAGGUUGUCAUUACCUCCACCAGGACAAAGCGGUGUGCAGUUCUGAUGGUUAUACUGGAGCUUGUCAAAUAUACUGGGCAAAACCAGGAGGCGAAUGCUACAAGCCCAGUAACCUCUCGCAUAACAAUACAAAUACAAGCCGUUUUCAUGGUGAAUCUUAUUUUCAGUCGAGUCGUUGCUUUAUUUCGAAUGCGACAGAUUUAAAAGGUGCUAGAAAUCAAGUUAGUCGCCCUGUUGGGAGAUGUUAUAAAACCCGGUGUAACGAGACUGAUGUGCUCGAGAUUAAAGUAGGUGCUAGUCCAUGGGUUCUCUGCCCACCGUCACAGACAAUAUCGGUGCCAGGUUUCACAGGUUCUGUUGAAUGUCCGAGAGAGGGUAUUCUGUGUCAGAGAGCCGACAUUUUAACCACGCCAUCUUCUCCGAUCAAACCAACAAAGCAGCCGCCUAAACCACCAAAAAACAGGGAGAAAAUCAACUGUAAAUUAACCUUCAAAUCGAUGGAUUUCAGUCUGGUAUCCAGCAAGGAAAAGCAGGUCGAUUUCCUCAACAAAGUCCUUGACAAAGUGGUAUCAAUGACCUCAGUGGGCCGCAAUAGAUUCCAAGAUGGCCAGGUAGUUAAAGGGAGUGUGAUUGUAGCUUUUGUGCUAAUGCCGGAUGAGGGCGCCACCGGAGAUGGAACCUCGGAAAAAAUCUUCAAUGUCAUUGAGCAAAAUGUGGAGUCUGGGAACUUUCUUGUAUCUUAUGAUGGUGUGACCUACAUGGCAUCCGACUUGGAACAAGUGGACGCAUUCAUUUUUGACGAUGAUUCACUGGGGUCUGUGGCUGGCAUGAUCGUCGGAAUCGUCGUUGGAAGCCUCGUAGCCAUCACGGUCGUUGUGCUCACCCUUAUCAUGAUCAAGAAGGUCAAGGCCAGUCGUGUCGAGUGCGGAAGCGACCGUGACUUUCAUCGUGAGACGUACAUGAUGCAAUCAAGGUCGCGGUCUAGUUCGAGUACGACAACAGGUCACAUAUGACCAGAUUUGUCCCGAAGUGCAUUAGCCACAACAUUUUCCAGGCACUUCAGUCACACAAAGAAGUUCCCUGUCAAUUUUGAAGAUAUCAAACCAACUGUUUUGCCGAUUUCAUGAAAAUCAACAAAAUUUCAAAAUACACUCCGCAAGAAUAUGGCGACCUUUUCUCAAACUGGUGAUAUUAGACUUUAGAACUGUGAGUAUGAUGAAAGUCUUCAUACGACCUAAACAUGCAAUACCACAAGAUAAUUUUGUCAACAUGAUCUAUGACAAGUCAUGUAACUGUUUGUGAUAGAAAAUGAUAGUCAUUUUCCAAGCUGUGUGAUCAGUAGCGUAGCGAUAGUAAACUAUACAGUAGACUCAUACCAGCAGCCAAUCCAGGGAAACCAAUGGGCACCUAGUCCAUGCUUCACAUGGACAUUUAUAGUCAAUUUUAAAGAUACAUGUUUUAUUUCGAUAUCAUCAUGACAUCAAUACAGGACACCCCUGGAUUGGUGGUACCUGCGGCCAGUUCAUAUUCUGAGAAACCUUCAGAAGCAAAGAGUGCUGAUGAAACCAAAGAGAUGAUUGACAGCCAGAAUUGAACUGAAUCGGGAAAAUUUACCCAAAACAAGCGACUUUUAAUGGCUGCCAACUCCAUUGUGAAACACUGUUAAACCAGCCAAGAGACGUCACAGCAGGCAGCACAAUAUUCCAUUACAGUGCAGGUGCUGCCACUUGGACAGUCCUGACAGAUCCUGACUGAUUUUACAGUUAUAUGGAGCGACCUGUUGUAUUUUUAUAUCAAUAUAUUUUUCUAAGUCUAUCUCUGUUGAAAGGGUAUACCAUGUAUACAUUAGUGUUCAUUAGGCCAAUGAAAUCUGAAUCAUAGUUCUCAUCGGCCACUUUAGGAAAUGACAUCAUCAGUUAAGCAACGACCAAAGAGUUAUGGUGCAGGCUCAAAAUUAGAUGAGGGUGGCGAGGACAACCAUGACAUCCAUUUUCUGUGGCCUUAGGUGCAAUGUAUUACGACUACUACAGUACAAGUGUGUGCUCAUUCAAAUAUAAUUGUAAAAGACAAAUCUAUCUGACAUGUCUGAACCACAUCAAUAUUAUAGUUCUG